AUGGUCACAGAGUUCAUCCUACUGGGAUUUUGUCUUGGACCAAGGAUUCACAUGGUCCUUCUUGGACUUUUCUCUCUAUUCUACACCUUCACCCUGCUGGGGAAUGGUGUCAUCCUGGGGCUCAUCUCCCUGGACUCCAGACUGCACACCCCCAUGUACUUCUUCCUCUCACACCUGGCCAUUGUCGACAUCGCCUAUGCCUGCAACACAGUGCCCCAGAUGCUGGUGAACCUCCUGAAUCCGGCCAAGCCCAUCUCCUUCACUGGCUGCUUGACGCAAACCUUUCUCUUUUUGAGUUUUGCACAUACAGAAUGUCUUCUCCUGGUGGUGAUGUCCUAUGACCGGUAUGUGGCCAUCUGCCACCCCCUCCGAUAUUCUGUCAUUGUGAGCUGGAGAGUCUGCAUUGUCCUGGCCAUAACUUCCUGGGUGUUUAGCUUCCUCUUGGCCCUGGUCCAUUUAGUUCUCAUCCUGAGGCUGCCCUUCUGUGGGCCUCAUGAAAUCAACCACUUCUUCUGUGAAAUCCUGUCUGUCCUCAAGCUGGCCUGUGCUGACACCCAGCUCAACCAAGUUGUCAUCUUUGCAGCCUGCGUGUUCAUCCUGGUGGGGCCCCUCUGCCUGGUGCUGGUCUCCUACUCGUGCAUCCUGCUGGCCAUCCUGAGGAUCCAGUCAGGGGAGGGCCGCAGAAAAGCCUUCUCCACCUGCUCCUCCCACCUCUGUGUGGUCGGGCUCUUCUUUGGCAGUGCCAUCGUCAUGUACAUGGCCCCCAAGUCCCGCCAUCCUGAGGAGUAGCAGAAGGUCCUUUUCCUGUUUUAUAGCUUUUUCAACCCCUUGCUGAACCCCCUGAUCUACAGCCUGAGGAAUGCAGAGGUCAAGGGUGCCUUGAGGAGAGCACUGUGCAAAGAAAGUCAUUCCCAAUUGGAAUGGCGUGUGACUUUCCAGCCUCAGUAGUCUCCUGGAUUCUUGAUGUCCAAUUACUGCUUAAAUGCAGAAAAUUUCACUACUCUCUUUUGAACUGUGCCUUAAUGAUAUAAGAGUAAGCCUUCUCUCUUUUCUGCAGGACAAACUUUAGAUGUGUUGCAUGCAUUGACUUUCUAUGAGAUGUUAUUUAU